CAUUCGUCGAGUCACAGGCUACGAGUACGCUUCACAACGGGUCAUCUCCUAUUCUUCUUUACGUUGCGAGACUCCAGCAGUCACUCUCCUGUAAUAGUGUGGAUCAGGACUAUCCCGUCGUUCCGUGGAUUCUAUCCGUAUCUCCCGGACCAGAACUUGCUGCUGUUCUCUGGACAAGCCAGUCACCUCACUUGUUUUGGCUACCAUUGUGGUCGAAAAAGUACAGCCAAUUUCCAGAGACUCGGUUGGCUGUUUGACACUGCCCUAGUUGUCACGUUCGGAAUGUCUUCCUCAAGGAACACGUCAGAAGCAGAAGGCCACCAAGGGAUGACGGGAGCUCAACUACCCAGCUACACGAUGCAGUAUUUUCCGCCGUUGGACUCACAACGUCAAAAGAUGCCUACUGUACAGGCAUUCGAUGGGACACAUCAACAGGCACAGACAGGGCUGCAAGCUGCAGGGACUAAUGUCGGUCCAGUACAGCCUGAUCCCAACAAUAGCUUAACUCAGCCUAUUGCAAACCAACCGCAGCCUGUUGGUCGGCAGCACAGCCUUAUUGGACAACCUAUCAACACUGGUGGCUUCAGAGGAGCUAGCAGUAGUAUUGUGGGGCUUAGACCAUCAUUAGUGGAGUCAACACUGGGUCUCCCACCACAGCCUCAACCAACCAUUGGUCUUAUGUCAUCACCAGCACAAUUUGCGACUCCCUACAGCCAGCAAAUGAGUCACCACUUCCAUGCCACUGCUAGCAGCUAUCUGCCGAGUAGUGUCCCAGCAAUGCACGGCAGUAUGGCCAGCUCUAACCAUCCUGCGGAAAUGCACGCCGGCUUUCCACAGACCCCACUGAACCAUCUAGCACAAGGCGUCGAGUAUCAACCGGACAACCCCUCUGCCUCUCCACUGUUUGGCGGACAUCCCAGAAAUCUGUGCGAAUGGCGUGUAAACAACGGUCUACAAUUGUGUGGGUUGGCUUUCUAUAGUGUCACCGAACUAGCGCAGCACAUAAGCAACGUUCAUCUACAGCAACAGGACACUACCGAACAGGACGAUGGCAACGUCCACAUCUGCCACUGGGACCAGUGUUCACGCAAGAAAGGAUUUAAAGCCAAGUACAAGCUUGUCAACCAUAUACGAGUUCAUACAGGUGAAAAACCCUUUGUCUGCAAGCAUCAAGACUGCACACUCAAAGCAUUCGCAAGAUCCGAAAACCUGAAGAUACACUACAGAGUCCACACAAAGGAAAAGCCGUUUCCCUGCACCUUCCCGGACUGUAAGAAAAGAUUCGCAAAUUCCUCGGAUCGAAAAAAGCACAUGCACGUGCACACGAAUGAUAAACCCUACCGAUGCAGGGCAGCAGGAUGUACGAAGAGCUAUACACACCCGAGCUCGCUUAGAAAGCACUCCAAGCAGCAUGAUGCUCGAAAUGCAGCCAAUGGCGGUAAUGCUCUUUCCUACAGUAGCACGGACACCAGCGCAGAGAACAGUGACUUGCCGUCUGCGGAUGGUUCUAUUGCUGCGGACGGAGAAAGUGAUCAUGGCAGUUCGAUUUCAUCCGAUGAGGUACUUGCAGACCAGCACCACCACCAUCAACAACAGGAAGAACAGCAGCAGCAGCAUCAACACCAACAUCAACAACAAGGUUUUGCACUUGUGACUUGCAUGGACCAGUGUCAGCCUGCACAGCCACAACACUUACCACUGGGAACGUCCUCAAGCAUGCUGACUGUUAAUUCAGCAUCCACGUCAUCUCUGCCUCAGUUACCUUAUCAUUUGCCCUCUGCCCAGGCUACUGCUGGUAGUGAUUUGGUCAACAGUGCACUGCCAACACCACCUGGACAGCCGUCUGAUAGCUAUGCGGUGUUCAGUGAAGUAUGCCAUGCCAAUGCUGGAAAGGGUGACCUAGUAGUGGCAAGCCUAGGCAGUAGAGCAACAAGAAAUGAUCCCUUGUCUACAUGUUCCAUACAGACAUUCCCACAGCCGCCGCCACCACAGCCAGAAGCAGCAGCUGUGCCAGCAGCUGUGCCAGAACUGACUCAAAACAGACAGCUUGUUCAGCAGCAACAUACUCACUUCCAAUACCCGGCAGCACGUCAGCAGUUGCAGCAACAACCUCAUCAUCAACAUCCAGAACAGCAGCUCCAGAAGCAGAAUCAUCAGCAGCAGCAUCAGCAGCACCAGGCAUCACAUGACCAAUGUCAGCAGUCGCAAAUCUAUCUAACUCACCACCAUCAGCUGCCGACGCCCACGCACACACAGCAGCAACAGCUGUCGCUGGUGGCUCACACACCGCAGCACCAGUCAUCACCUGUGUCUCAGAAGCACAACCAUCAGGCACAGCAGCAGUCUACAUCACAACAGGAACGGCCACAGGAACCCUUGCCUCAGCAUCAGCAACAGCAGCACUCUCUCCCAUCGCCGAUGCAGCUGCACCACCAGCAGCUGCCGCUGCAGCAGCAUUAUGCACAGCAUUCAACAACUGCUCAGCCAACACUAUUUCAUGCAGGACAAUUGCUGCACCCCGUACUGCCCUCGCAUGUCGCUCACUCUCUGUCAGCACAAAGACACCUCCCAAAAAGGCAUUACUAAGCAAACACACCUUACACAGCUUGCAAACACUGUUGUCAUGAGCUGAACAACAGCCUUUUCAAAAUGGCACUGCAGCCAACUUCGUGAAAGGAUAUGCUAACAACUGUCAAUAAGGUCUUUAAGGCACAUCAUAAUUUUCAACCAAACAAUUUUGUAAUUAUGAUCAAAACUCCUUAGUUUUACGGAGUUAACAAUUUUUUUAUUAUAAUUAUCUAAUUCAAAGAAGGGGUAUGAAGUGUACAGCUGCAAGUUUAAUACUCGUUGUGCAUAGCUUUUGUGAUAUUGAAUUAUCGUAUCAACGCUGUCCAACGCUGAAUGUUUUAAGGUUAUUUCAUUACAGAUGGAGCUGGGCUAUUGCUUGUUAGGCGGUGGAACUAGUCAAUCAGACGACUGACACAUUAUUAUUUUGUAGAAGUUCCUUUUUCAAAUGUCUCGUCAAUUUUAUUUUCCGCAUGUUGUCUUCACUAACACUACCCAUGAUGCUGGCUACAUGUAUAUAGCGUCAGUAGAAUUGCAGCUCAACAUCCUAAUCCGCACUGCCUUCAGUCUUGUUUCUACCCACUCACUGUCAGGAUCGGGUAUUUCCCCUCCAAUUAGUAACCAUAGUACCCGUUUCUUUUUAGUUCACUUUUUCGGCUGAUCUGCUCAUCCCGCAGAAAUGUGUCAAUACUAAUGCUGGCCUAACAGAUUCUACAAGGCUGCUGAAGAAAGUCUUGUCUUAUUCGCUGAGUCUUCCACACUCAUAUCGUAUCUGUUUUCAAAAUAAUGAGAUGCAGUUUUCCUCUUA